AUGGCUCGUCUCCUCGGCGCUUGCUUGCUGCUCGCCGUCCUGCUCGGUGCCUUGGCGGCGGCGUCCGCGCGCGCCGACGACGACCUGGGCAGCGGGGCCGGCGGCAUACGGCAACCGAGCAACGAGUACCGCGGGAGGAAGGUGGGGGCCAGGACGGAGGUGCGGGACGUGGAGGGCGACGGCGAGGUGCAGGAGCUCGGCCGGUUCUCCGUCGCCGAGUACAACCGUCAGCUCAGAGGCGGCGGCGGCAGGCUCGAGUUCGGUAGGGUGGUGGCGGCGCAGCGGCAGGUGGUGUCAGGGCUCAAGUACUACCUCCGCGUCGCGGCGGUGGAGGAGGGCGUGGAGAACGCCGGCGAGCGCGUGUUCGACGCCGUCGUCGUCGUCAAGCCCUGGCUCGACUCGUGCACCCUGCUCACGUUCGCGCCGGCGGCCGCCAAGUAA